CACCUGGAAUCUACCUGAGACUUGAAAACCAGAGCAAGGAAACAUUUUUUUUUUUUUCUCAAUUUGGAGGCUUCCACGGGCCUGGGAAGGGUGUGGAGACCGUGAACGUAGGAUGGCGUGUUGCUAGGGAAGAGCUCCAAGAACAGUGGCAAUCUUCUGGAAGGAAAAGGGAGGAGAUAACAGAAUGACUCACAGCAGCUCCGAUGCUGUUUUGUAUGCCGGAGCAGAGCCGGGGGGGAGAUAGAGGAGAAACGAGACACACACAGGAAGAUAAAUAGAGCGCACCCCGGUACAAGUGAGCAGUUGUCAAACGAAGAAAGAAGACCGAGGGACGGUGAGUUAGAGACGGUGGGAGGAGGAGGACGGAGGCGAAAGUUGGAAGAGAGUUGAUGGAAGGAAGGGUUGUUGAAGCCAAAAAUGUGACAUUUGAAUACGAGAACAUGAGAACAAAGUCGUUCCAGACCAAAAUAGAAACGCGGCGAAGCGGUAGACGUGUCGUCCGAUGCACAACAUGGGAAGUUGAACUGUGACGACUGCUGUUAAAUAUUCAUGCCGACGGGACACUCUGGGAAAGAACUCCGUCGCAGAAGGACUACAGGACAAUCACGUGGACUUUUCUUCGUCUUCUUUGCUGAUACCUCGAAACAGGACCUAGUACUGGCCUGUCGGAUCUUGGACGGGUGUCAAGAGAAGCCAUUGGCUGUGGGUCUGACGAAUCCACAUAUGAGAGUCCGUUAAGCUCAGACCAGAUCGGGUUUCAAGGUUUCUAUUCACCUAGCUUGUUUGGAAUCGACUGUACUCAAGACGGAGUCCUAGAACCUUCCAGAAUAGCCCCUGAAAAUCCUAUUUCUGAAUAAGGACGGAUGCCGUAGCUGGAGGGAGCCCUGUGCUGUCUGUCCGUAGAAUCAUCCUUCAAGAUCCAGAAUGUCUGGUUUUGGUUUGGCACCGAGGCUUCAGGAUACUCUCACUCAGCCCUGACCUGAAUAUCCAAUUCCUCAAAAACAAUAAAACAGGACAGCAACACGGUCCGUAAGGACUGUCGAGGAGGAGCUCCGCACGUGCUUCAGAAGGAUGUAGACUUGUGUGUGCCUGCCAAGCUUCCCAGACAGCUGAAGUGUGUGUGUGUGUGUGUGUGCGAUACAGCUGGACCCGAGCAGCGGUGGUGAGCGGAGGCACUGGGUGGGGGGACGAGGUGAGGGAAACCAAGGGACGAGAAGAUAGCGGGAAAAAACUGACAUCAUGCUCGGCUAAACAAAACAAUGACAAUAGUUUCCGGCUGCCCCCCUGGUGCAAUGUGUGGCGUGGGGCCCCCUGGCGCCGGGGUCCUGUGAUGGUAACCAUGGUCCCCGGCAGCCGCUACGUCUGCAGCACCCACGCCAGGGAGGGCGACUCCACCAACGACCGAGAGGAGCGGAUCUUAGCCGUGUUGGGCAUCAUCGGGACUAUCCUCAACCUUCUGGUGGUCAUAUUCGUCUACAUCUACACCACCGUCACUUAGGAGCCUCAGGACCGUUUCUCCCCCGACGUCCCGACCGUCAAGUGUUUGUGCACCCGGAGGGCGAGAUGUUGAGUUGGGUUGGCUCGUCGCCACAAUCGCAGCCCUGUGAGGACAGAUCUACUCCGUUUUUCCCGAAGACCGCCGCACACGUCGCAUCUUCUUUGCCUUCCAGCCGGCCGCCAACAACUGCUGACAGCGUCUGCCUGCCGUCCUGACAUCGCUUUUCUACCGAGACAGGACUCGACGGAGGGUUUUAACGUCUUUUCCGACUGUCGAUAUCGUUGUUUUUGUUAGAAAGAUAGCGUUUGUUUCGCUGCCUGGUAAAUAUUCACGGACCAGGAGCUAGUAGUGACGAAGAAGACUGCUGGUGGCCUCUCAUUUAAAACCUUUUAAUUUCAUUAUAAAAUAUAUAGAUAUUUAAUUUUGUUUGCCAGUUUCUGUAAACAGGUUUUAAAAGGUUUUUCCAAAUAUCGAUAUUGUUGUUUUUGCUUUGGAAGAUAGCGUCCUCAAUCAAUCAGUUUAUUUAUAUAGCCCUUAAUCACAAUUGUCAUUUUGGCGUGUAUUUUUAAAAAUCAUUAUAUUGAUUAUUACAAGUUUCCUUUUUUCAUGUACUUAAUUUUUUUGUGUAAUUUUGCUUUAUUAGAAUUAUUUAAUUAAUUUUUAUUUUUUUUUACCAGUUUGUAUAGCAAACAGGUUUUAAAAGAUAGCAUCCUCAAUCAAUCAAAGUUUAUUUACAUGGCCCUUGAUCACAAUUGUCUCAAAGGGCUGCCAACUGAAACCGUCUCUUUGAAAACGUUGGCAGGUAUUUUUAAAAAUCAUUAUAAUGUUCAUCACAAGUUUCUUGUUAUCAUGUUCUUUAUUUAUUUUUUGUAAUUUUACUUCAUCAUAAUUAUUUUAUAUUAUUUGUUUACUAGUUUCUGUAGCAAACAGGUUUUAAAAGGUUUUUCCAAAUGUAUGUAUUCUUUAUAUAGCCCUUAAUCACAAUUGUCUCAAAGGGCUGCCAACUGAAGCUGUCUAUUUUAAAACUUUGGCGGGUAUUUUUAAAAAUCACUAUAAAUUACUCAUUACAAGUUUCUUUAUUUUUUGUAAUUUUAUUUCAUUAUAAUUAUUAUUAAUUUUUUUUACCAGUUUCUGUAGCAAACAGGUUUCAAAAGGUUUUCCAAAUGUCGAUACAAAUGGCGAUUUUUUAAUUUAUUUGUUAAUACUAAAUAUAGUAUUGCUACAAAACACUCAAUCAAUCAAAGUUUAUUUAUACAGCUCUUAAUCACAAUAGUCUCAAAGGGCUGCCAACUGAAGCGGUCUAUUUUAAAACUCCGGCGGGUAUUUUUAAAAAUCGUUAUAUUGCUCAUUGCAAGUUUGUUUUUUACAUAUUUUACUUAUUUUUUGUAAUUUUAUUUCAUUAUAAUUAUAUUAUUGUAUUUUUUUUUACUAGUUUCUGUAGCAAACCGGCUUAAAAUGUUUUUUCAAAGGUCGAUAUCUUUGUUUUUGUUCGGGUUUUAGCCUUUUUAUUUAUUUGUUAAUAUUAAAUAUAGUAUUGCAACAAAACAAUACCAACCGAAGUCCUCUCUUUUAAAACUAAAUUUAAAAAAAUAUAUAUAUAUAUAUUGCUCAUUACAAGUACAUUUUUUUCCAUGUUUUUUAUUUAUUUUUAUUUUUUAUUUUUGGGAAGAUAAACAUAUACUGACCAGUACAGCAGAACAAAGAAGUACAAAACUCUAGAACUCUCUUUAAAUACUUUUGGCAGGUAUUUCAAAAACUUUCAAAUAAUUUAAAAAAUUAUAUUUCAUUAUAUUUACAUUUUUUUCCCCAGUUUCUGUAGCAAGCAGGUUUAAAAGGGUUUUCAAAUGUUGAUAUUGCUGCUUUUGUUUGGCAGAUAGCAUCUGAUUACAGACCAGUACUGCAGAACAAAAUAUAGUAUCGCUACAACAGUAGAAACCGCUACUACCAACUAGGAGUCUCUUUUUAUACUUUGGCAGAUAUUUAAAAAAAACUACUAUAUUCACAUGGAGUUUUAAAAAAUAGAUUUCCAUGGAGCUAGCAUGUCCAUACCUCAGCACGCCAGAGGAGAGAUUCCUGGCGCUGCUGGGGGUGAUCGGCAUCAUACUCAAUCUCCUCCUGCUCGCCUUUGUCUACGUCUACACGUCGGUUUGACGCGGCCCGCUUGACUCGGUGUCUCCUCGACACACUAUCUUGCACCCUUCCGUGUGUAUUCACCCCAGUCCUCCGCGGUGGAGAUGACGUGUUUACUUAAGCCCGCCUUGCCGGCGCUGGACCCCGAACUGACGGAUGUAAUUGAAUUAGCGCGGUUGACGCUCUCUGCCUUCCCGCGUUCAUGCUACCAAAAUGGAACGGGAGCUCGUCGGAGCUCGUCAAAGCGAAAGAGAUCCCGAUGGGCGUCAGGGACUAACGGUUUACUUCCUGGGUUGGCUCCGUCCUGCGGGAAUGGAGUCCAGUCAGAGACCACUGAGACAACGUACCACGCAUGGACGCGGUCAUGGUGACACAAAGAUGCAGGAUAUCGAACCUGAGCAGGCGUCUACCGCCUGUUUGCAGUCCCGGGAAGACGGCAAACAUAGCUUGACAUUGAUUUGCAGCUUUUCCACUAAACUUGCGUCCUGUUGUGGAUAUCAUUUGGGACAAUUUUUUGGAAACUCUGGACUGAAUCUUCACCUGAUUUCUGUGUUUUGUCUUCUCCACCAACAAGCUGAAAGCGGAGAAGAUAUUAAAAAACCGAACAGACCAGCACAGGAUCUUCCGCCAUUGUGUUUUCUGGGCUUGUAAAAAAAAAAAACUAACUCAGGGCCGCCCUUCCCCAUCAUUUACUCGUCAAAUGUCGACGAAUAAGUCCCUCCGGAAUUCCGCAGGCUUUUUUGUGAUUGUCGCGGUCUGAAAUGCCUGACUUCGCGGCAGCUUUUUUUUUUUCCCGAAAGCUGCGACAAAAGUAGCAAUGUUUUGAGGCUUGUUUAUUUUUUUAAUAACAUUGAAUGGACUUGUGAUUUUAUGAAGUUGUUAUGAAGCUUUUAAGUGUUCCUGGAAACAAAACAAUUGAGAGAAAAAAAAUACUGACUUAGAUGUUUUACUUGUUUUAUACCACGCAGACUUAAAAGUACAUCUGAGGAAAAUGACAGUCCACGGGUCUUUAGGAUUUCCAAUCCAAAGUAAAAUAUGUCAAUGGAGGAGGUGGUCUGAGUGGUAAAAGAGGAGCAAUGUUCAUAUGUUGGUAAAAUUCAGUGUUUUAUCAAUCACAGCUAAUAUUGUAGAUCCAACAUUUUUUAUUUUCAUGUCCAUUCUGGGUGUCUCUUUCAGUAAAAAAAAGUGUAAAAUUCCAUUCUGUUUUUUGAGGUGGUUUGUCACAACGUUUUAAGCAUUCUAUCAGACAUUAUUGCGACAUUUUGUGUUUGUAUUCCUGAAAAAUAACCAAUAUAAAUAUAUAUAAACCCAAGCACACAUACAAGCGUAUGUAAACUAUUUAUAUAUAUGUAUGUAUAUAUAUAUAUAAAUAUAUUGAUUGAUAUAUUUUUAUUUCAAAUAUGCAAAAAAAAAACAAGAGCAAGCAUGAUCCAAUACAUUGCUAUAUAUAUAUAUAUAUAUAUAUAUAUAUAUAUACAUAUAUAUGCAUAUGUACAGAUAUAUAAACAUACAUAUAUAUAUAAAUACGUGUGUAUACAGACAUACUGUGCAUACAUAUAUACAUACAUAUAUGUAUGUCUAUACACAUACAUUCAUAUAUAUGUAUAUAUAGAUAGACAUACAUUUAUAUACAUAUAUACAUACAUAUAAACAUACAUACAUACACACACAUAUAGAUACAUAUAUGUAUAUACACAUGUAUACAUAAAUACAUUUGCAUAUAUACACAUACUUAAGUAC